AUGUCGACUAAUCCCAAGCAUUCGAUUGAUCCGGAUAGAGCACGAGAAAGUAACACAGAAUGGAUUCUUGGAGUAACGGGCUCUCUAUACAUCAUUGCUGCGAUAUUUGCCAGCCUUCGACUUUACACGCGGGCGUUUCUGGCCAAGACCAUCGGCCGAGAUGAUUAUGUUUUGGUUGCUUCUGUUAUUCUCGCCACUGUCGGUAUGUUUCUCCUGAUCAUGCAAGGUAUCCGCGGGAUGGGAAAGCACCAGGACACUCUGUCCGAGGCCAACGUGACUGAGAUCAUGCAACUGAGCUUCUACCUUUCCAACAUAUCGGGUGUUGCCGGUCGCAGCUUGCUCAAAAUAUCCAUCGCAUUAUCCCUCCUGAGAUUCAGCCGGAGUCGAUGGUAUUCACGCUCACUGUGGGCCUUGAUCGUAUUUGUCGUGCUAUGUGGAAUUUUUGCCUGGGUCACUAUUGCCCUCUACUGCAAGCCCCUGGCCGGGUACUGGGACAAGAGUCUCGAGCCCGAAUGUUAUGACAUCAAGCUUUUUAUCUCUUCUGGUCUAUUUUAUACCUACGUUUGCUUUGCUGUCCUGCCCAUCCCCGUAAUUUGGACACUGCAGAUGAAGCGACGAACUCGAAUCUAUUUGAUUGGCAUUCUGAGUCUCGGUUAUUGCGCUGUGGGAGUUGGUGUUAUAACUGCAGUCUUUCAGAUUGCUUAUGGCGGAGAAAAGGACGGAACUUUCAAGAACAGCGUUCAGUUCUGGGGAUUCGUCCAGUUCUGCCUCGCCAUCAUUGCGGCUUGCGCACCCUCUCUGAAACCGUUAUUGGGCCGCGCCCUGAAGAUUUCGUCGACCGAUAGAUACAAAGCGAAUCUUUACGAAAACCGCUACCCCACAAACAGGCUCAACUCGACGAUGCGGCGUCGUGGGUACAUGGAACAAACAAGCCAAGACUCCCCAGAGUUUGAGCUUCAAGACAGAGCGUUAGCAGGGAUUGAUGAUACGCAUCAAGCGAUGAUCAAAGGCGGUCCAACUCGAACCGCGAGCAUCAUGUUCGGGAAGCCCAAAUCCGACCGAUCAACAAGCGAAGAGACCAUAUUGAGAGAAGCCAAUGCGAAGGGCAUCGUAUGCACAACAGAGAUCACAGUCAGACGCUGA